CAACACAGAGAGAGACACCGGCGCAGGGAGAGGGAGAGGUAGAGAAGGACAGAGUUGGCUCUUACAUGUGUGAAACUCUAUCGACAUUUAUCAAGACUGCAGUGAGGUGAGGACACGACUUUAUUGCGGACAGCAGAGAGUCGAUGAAGAAUGACUUUAACAACCAGGAACACACCUGCCCGCGGCUGUUAGAUCUGAGGUCUAGAAGAAGUCCUGAGAACUUGUUGUUUCAUCAUCCCUCGCUGCUGCCAUCGGGCGGUGCCUACUUUAGUCGUUCCCUCAGUUUGGGCUAUGACCAAAUGAUUUCAGUGCUUGCUGUCAGCCUAUCCCAGAGGUUGACAUUUUUUAAAUCACUAGCUGAAAAACUUCCGUCACAAUGGUCUCAGUGACGCUGUUAGUGCUGUUGCUACUCAGCGUAUCUCCCGCUGGGUCUGAGCCUGAGUCUGAACAGAGUUCACAACAGGUGUCAAGCCCUCCUCAUCCUACAGGAGAACCAUCUCCUGUAAGUGAGGACAGCCUGUCCUUCCCCUGGAGCCGUCUUCGCCUCCCAAGGUACAUCAUUCCUCUUCAUUACCACCUUGUCUUGAACCCCAACCUCACAACUCUCCACUUCAGUGGCUCAGUACAGAUCCAGAUUGAUGUCCAGAACAAUACAAACUGGAUUGUAUUGCACAGCAAAGGUCUAGAGAUUUCCAAAGCCACCAUUUUAGACCAGAACCUUGCUCAUCUUUCUGAAAAGGUACUUCCAGUUCUUCAUAACCCUUCCCAUGAACAGAUAGGCAUUUUUUCUCCCAGAGUGCUUAGCAGAGGGCAGAAGUAUUUCCUGUAUAUUGAGUUUGAAGCAGAGCUUGCAGAGGGAUUCUACGGCUUCUAUAUAAGCACAUACAGAAACAGCAAAGGCGAAACCAGAAGCUUAGCUUCAACUCACUUUGAGCCCACAAGUGCUCGAAUGGCAUUCCCGUGUUUUGAUGAGCCAAGUUUCAAAGCAAAUUUCUCAGUGCGAAUCAGAAGAAGUCCAGACUACAUUUCGCUUUCCAAUAUGCCUAUAGUCAAUACAGUUGACAUAAAUGAUGGCCUGCUUGAGGAUCAGUUUGCUCCCAGUGUAAAGAUGAGCACGUACCUUGUUGCAUUUGUCAUAUGUGACUUCAAGUCUGUCACUGCAACAACAUCAUCUGGAGUGAAGGUGUCCAUCUAUGCUGCCCCUGAGAAGAGGAAGCAAACCCACUACGCGUUGAAAGUUGCUGUCAAAAUGUUAGACUUCUACGAGGAAUACUUCAACAUCCGAUAUCCCCUACCCAAACAAGGUUUGACAUUUUUCAGUCUUUUUGUUUUUUCGUAUGUUCUGACUUUCCUCUUUUUUGUUUUUUUAACCCAUGUUCUUCUUCUGUCAGAUUUGAUUGCUAUCCCAGACUUUCAGUCUGGUGCGAUGGAGAACUGGGGCCUGACCACCUACAGAGAGACCAGCCUUCUCUUUGACCCUCUCACAUCCUCUGUUUCGGAUAAACUCUGGGUUACUAUGGUGAUUGGCCAUGAGCUUGCUCAUCAGUGGUUUGGUAACUUGGUGACGAUGGAGUGGUGGAACGAUAUCUGGCUGAAUGAAGGAUUUGCCAGAUACAUGGAGUACAUUUCAGUGGAAGCCACCUACCCCAAACUCAAAGUGGAGGAGUAUCUAUUGCACACUUGUUUUGCAGCAGUUGGUCUCGAUUCGUUGAAUUCAUCUCGGCCAAUAUCCAGCCCUGCAGAGAACCCCACGCAGAUCAAAGAGAUGUUUGACACAGUCUCCUAUGAUAAGGGAGCGUGUGUCCUGCACAUGUUGCGACACUUUCUGAAUGAUGAGGUGUUUCAGAGCGGGAUAGUGCGAUACCUCCGCAAGUACAGCUACAGGAAUGCUCAAAAUCAGGACCUGUGGGACAGCUUAGUCAAUACAUGCUCCGAAGAGGAAUUCAUUUCUGGAGAACAUUGUUACAGUGGAAGCCAGGGCUCCAAAAAUGCAUACCUGUUUGCGGGGGAACACUUGGAUCUGACUGCCAUGAUGAACACUUGGACUCUGCAGAAAGGUAUUCCUCUGGUGACUGUCACCAGGAGGGGGCCUCGCCUGCUGCUUAGACAGGACAGAUUCUUGAGGACUGUGCUUCCUACCGACCCUCUGUGGCCCAGUUUGCAACAGGGUUUCCUUUGGCAUAUCCCUCUGACAUACAAGACGGAUGCUUCCACCACCAUCCACAGACACUUGAUGACCUCAUCCACAGACAGUAUACAUAUAGGAGAAGAAGCCAGCUGGGUGAAGAUAAACUCUGAUAUGACAGGUUAUUAUGUGGUUCAUUAUGAGGAUGGUGGUUGGGAUGUGUUGAUUCAACUCAUGAGGAAAAAUCACACAGCUUUGAGCUACAAAGACAGGACUCACCUAAUACACAACGCAUUUCAACUGGUCACGGCAGGCCAUCUGCCUCUCAAUAAAGCCAUGGACCUAAUUGGUUAUCUUCAGCUGGAGAACCACACGGUGCCCCUCCUCCAAGGAUUGGGGUAUCUGGAAGCCUUUUACCACUUAAUCGAGAAACGAGAUGAGCCGCUUUUAACAAAUACCCUGGGGAAAUACAUCCUGAAGUUUUUCCGUGCUGUCAUUGACCACCAGACAUGGCGUGACAGUGGCUCUGUGUCAGAGCGACGCCUGAGGUCAGAGGUCUUGUCCCUGGCUUGUCACCUGGAUUACCCUCCCUGUCUGGCGCAGGCAAAUCAGCACUUCAAAGACUGGCUGCAGUCCAACGGAACACUCAAUUUACCUACUGAUGUGGCGGGAACAGUAUACUCAGUAGGAGCUCGAAAUGACCAUGGCUGGGACUCCCUCUUACAUACAUACAAGAUGUCCCUCUCUGAAGCACAAAAACACAAGAUCCUGUUUGCUUUGACCAGCAGCAGAGAUACAGAAAAACUCCAAAGACUGUUGGAGCUUGGUCUGGAAGGGAAGGUGAUCCGAUCGCAGGACCUGUCCAGCCUCAUCUUGAUGGUGGCCAGGAACCCAAGGGGACAUUACAUUGCCUGGAACUUUGUCAAAAAGAACUGGGACACACUGGUCCAAAAGUUCCAGUUGGGCUCAUUUUGUAUCAGAAACAUCAUCAUAGGGACCACAGGCCAAUUUUCUUCUCCAGAUGAUCUCCCUGAAAUGCAAUUGUUUUUUGAGUCCAUCAAAGAACAGGCCUCUCAGCUGAGAGCUACACAGCUUGCCCUGGACAAUGUGCAGAAAAACAUUCGCUGGGUUCAGAGGAACUUACAGCCUCUGAGGAACUGGCUGAAUGAUCAGAUGAAGUGAAAAACAGCAGAAGGAGGGGUGGUGGCCAACACAGAGCACAAGAAGAAAUGAACAUAUAUACUUUUUGCAACUGUACAUAAUAUGCUGUUUUGAAAAUGAUCAUGCUUGGCAUCCCUAAUGAAUUAACAGUUUUGUACAUAAAAGAAAAGUAAAUUUCUGGAGAUUUAUUGGUUAGAGGCAGGGAAAAAAAAUACAAUGUGUAGAAAUGACAGCUGAGCUGUAGCAGUACGUGUGACAGGCUGUUGUGUGUACCAGGAACAUUGCGUUAUCUUUGAAUGUGUGCACGUGUGUCUCAGAAAGAGAGAUAUUCAUUCCAAAUUGACACACAAUAGCAGCGUCUAUGAACUCUUCACCAAAUUGACAAUAAAACGAUUUUAUUUUA